AUGAGGUUGGCUUUAGUUGUCGCUGCUGUCCUGGUCGGUGUCGUGUGUGCCGAAAAUAGGCAAAAACGUCAAGCUCAGCAGCAGCAGCAGCAGUAUUAUCCCGCCCAACAAUCAGCUCAGGCUCAGGCUCAAACCCAACAGGCUCGUUACGCCCAAUCCCAACAGCAGCAGUACCAACCCACAUCGCAGUACCAACAAGGCCAGCAGUACUCCCAAUACGAUUACCAGCAGCAACAGCAGCAGGCCCAGCCCGCGAGACGACCAGUGCAGUCGUCCCGUCAGGCUCCCGCGAGGAAGGUGGCUUCCCAACAAUCUUCCCAGGAGGAAGAAGAAGAGGAGGAAGCGAAGCCAUCUCCUCUGGAGCUCCUCCUCGAGCGAUCCACUUUCAAAUGCGAGAGCAAGAAGGACGGAUACUACGCCGAUACCUCAGUCGAAUGCAAGGCUUUCCACUACUGCAUUGGCGGAGCUAAGAACUCGUUUAUGUGCGCCGAAGGCACCGUCUUCCACCAAGUUCACUUGAACUGCGUACCCGCCGACCAGGACAUUUGUGGCUCGUCGGAAAAGUAUUACUUUGUCAACGAUUACCUCAACAAGGAGCUCGAACAACGUGGACCGAACAACACGAUCCUCUACGCCGACCGUUAUUAUCCCGAGGGCUUUACCAACGGUGAUUCCUUCUCCACCACACCGCAGCAGACCCCCGCCGCCCGUGCCCCCGCCUUCGCUCAGCAGUACGAUGAUGAACCCGCACCCGCACCUCGAGCCCGCCCCGUGCAGCGAGCCCCCGCCCAACGUCCUGCUGCCCCCGCAGGAGUCACUUACCGCCAGGCCGCAGCUCAACCGGCGGCUCAGCCAGCUUACAGACAGACCCAGCCCGCCUCCAACGCUGCUCCGCGACAUUGGCAGUGCUCAAUGCUAAUCAUGGUAUCUCUCAUUUCGCAGCCGGCCUCGCAACCAGCUCAGGCAUACGAUCCGUACGCGCAGUAUCGCGGCGGGCAACAGGCCGGCCAGAACCCUUACUAUCGACCGGCUGCUUCGAACCAGCAGGCUCAAUACCAGUACGAAGACCAAAGCUCCGAUGAACGAGGUGUAAAGUACGAUGACGAAUAG